AUGUCGAACUAUCAAAGGAGCAAUUGGCGCACAAGCAGCAGAAGCAGCAGUUACAGUCAAUCACCGAGCACUCACUCGGUAAAGGACAAUGGAUCGAUUGAUUUCGAGAAGAACUUUUACAGAGAGAGCGCGCGUGUGAGCGAGAUGGGCGAUAACGAGGUGAACAGCUUUAGAGAGAAGAAUCAGAUGAAAAUUAUCGGUGAGGGCGUGCCCAAGCCCAUCAUUGGUUUUGAGGACGUUGAUUUUGGUGCGGGUGUGCAGAAUUAUUUCAAAAAGAAGGAGUUCAAGUCGCCUAUGGCCAUACAGGCGCAGGGAUGGCCGAUGGCACUGUCGGGCAGAGACAUGGUCGGAAUUGCGCAGACCGGGUCGGGAAAGACGAUCUCUUUUGCGCUGCCCGCACUCGUGCAUGCGGCUGCACAGGAACCGCUCAGGCCGGGUGACGGCCCGAUCGCUCUGAUCUUGGCACCUACACGCGAGCUGUGCUUGCAAAUACAGGAGGUGGUUGAGGAGUACGACCGGUUUUUCAAGAUGCGGUCGCUGGCCGUGUACGGUGGCGUGAGCGCUUUUCCACAGCGACAGGGAAUAAGACGGGGUGUCGAGGUGCUUGUGGCCACCCCAGGAAGGCUCAUCGAUCUGAUGGAACAGGGCUGCAUACACCUAUCACGUGUGACCUAUCUCGUGCUUGACGAGGCCGACCGCAUGUUGGACAUGGGAUUCGAGCCGCAGCUGCGCAAUAUCAUACCGAAGACGAACCCGGAGCGGCAGACUUUGAUGUGGAGCGCCACAUGGCCACGAGAAGUGCGCGACUUGGCGUACUCGUUCAUGAAGAAUUACAUACAGGUAACGAUAGGCGAGGAUGAACUCACAAGCAACAAGAAAAUACACCAAGUGGUGAGGGUGUGCGAUGAAAGAGACAAGGUGGACAACCUGGUGUCCUUUCUGAAUGAGAAUGACAUGAAGGUGAUCAUUUUCUGCAACAAGAAGAGGACGUGUGAUACGUUGGAGUAUGAGCUUGGCAAGCACCGCUACUACGCCUCGGCAAUUCACGGCGACAAGUCGCAGCAGAACAGAGACAGAGUGAUAAACGAUUUUAAGAGCGGGCGUAAGAACAUUUUGAUUGCCACUGAUGUGGCAGCACGAGGUCUUGAUGUGAAAGACGUGCAGGCGGUCAUAAACUUUGACUUCCCGCCGAACUGCGACUCGUACAUCCAUAGGAUAGGUCGCACAGCACGUGGCAACCAGAAGGAAGGGCUCGCCAUCGCGUUCUUCACGCAGGAAGACCGUGGUAAUGCAGCCGAGCUCGUGAACAUUCUUAAGAAUGCUGGGCAGAGCGUGCCUGACGACCUUGCGCAGAUCGUGCCCAGAGGCGGAGCGUAUAGGAGCAGCAGUGGUUAUAGAUACAGCAGCAGCAACAGAGGACGAGGAAACCAUGGCAGAAGACGAUGGUAAGGUGCCAUGCUAAUUUAAGUGCGUGAUUAAAACGAUUUUAGUGGAAAAGUUUUGUGGCGCUCGUUGAUUCGCGCUGUUGCCCGUGUUUGGUGGCAUUGUGGCGUGGAGAUGCGCCUGCGAUGCCCAAAUGAACGGGCCUAUGUGCAGCGAAGAAUUAUGAGCGCGUUUUUUGGUCUGCAGAGUACGCGGACAGCUGGUCGCGUCCUUGCCGAAGAGACGGCGGCACAGCAGAUGAAUUUGACGAGCAUGCAAGUUUGGCAGGGUACCGCUCCCGGUGUGUGAACGGAGAUGGUGCUGCUGGCAGAAUGCAAGAGCGGUUAUCUGCCAAUUAUGCGGUUUGGUGAUCAGCGCUUGGUCACGAUCGGUUGGUGGCAUCGCACGUCGUUCGCACCACUCACCAGCGAAUCAAUCGCACCCUGCUGCGCUGAGGGAUUUACCAGUGAAUGAUUUGGAGGAAGGAGCAGCAGCGCGGUGUGUCUGUGCGCUAACGCACUAAACCAUUUUUCGUCGCUGUGUUUAUUCCCUUGCGUCUUUCAUGACGAGCAACGUGCUGUGGUUGAUUUGCAGUGUAAAUUCCGUUUGCUAAGCCCUGAUCACCGCUCUGCUCUAAAUUAAUCAAAUGUUGUUCAUGCGGUCGGUCCUGGUAGAACAGAACGGUGCGUUGUUCUAAUUUUGGACAUGAAAGGCAAAUGAACGUACUUUUGGUGGAAGAUUACUUCUUACACGUGGUCUACCACGUUAUUGUCCUCCCUUUCCAAAAAAGAGUGCCGUGGUGUACAAGCUGUGAUAUUUGUAUUGGCGUGUCGCAAAUGAUACGAUGAGUGCUUUACGUGUGUUAGACACGGAGAAAAGGUCAAAUUAGGGUGAUAUCCGGUAAAAAGGCGUUUCUGUUGGCGUAGAGCAAUGUUUUGGUAAUAACCGCUGAAGAACGCACUGCAAAUGAAAAUGUGCUGAUUUAAGUGAGGAGUGCAAUUAUUUAACACGUUAACCACCCGUUUGGUAUUUUUACCGUAAUUAGCACGUGUUUUAUACGUGGGGUGGAUUGCUGAUGAGAAAUGCCUCGGAAAGCAACACGGUGAGUGCAACGUUUACAGCGCAAGAAGAACGGGGCGUGUAAAAAAAUAUUAAAAAAUUAUAAAUUGCGGUU